CAGUAUCCUCCUUUCGGUAAUUCCACAGAUUCGUGAUUUCCUGAGACAGUGAUUUUCUUCCUUUUUCCUCGAGACAGUCUCUCUCUCUCUCUCAAAAUUCAAAGCGUCUUCGACUCUCUCUUUCUUCUAAAAUUAGGUACUUGGGUUUGUACUCUUCUCUCUCGGAACCCUUUUCUUUUCUUCCCCAAAUUCCACAUCAAACCCUUCUUUCUAUCAGAUGUCUAUAAAACUUGCAAGUACAUAAUUACCUUAUUCGAUUUGAAAUUCUCAGGCCUCUUGUUCAUACCUCCUUCUAAAUUCCACCCUUUUUCUUAGUUUCCACAAUUCCCAAUUCAAUCUGUGCAUAAAAUCAAACCCUAGGCUUUCAAAACAACUCUCAAUCCAAUCAAAAUUCUCGAAUUUAUAAUUUUUUUUGCCCAACAAAUUCACACCCACUACUCCAAACCGUGAUACAAUUUCGAAAAAGGUUUCCUUUUGGCUGCCAUGGCCGGCUUCACAAUAGCACUGUACGCGAGCCCUCGGAGCAGUAUCUGCUCGACGCCACACCAUCACCAGAUCAAUGCCCACUCAUCGCCGUUCGAUUCAGAUUCCACCGUCCGAUCGCCCCCUACGUCCCAAAAACCGACGGUCGGCGGCCUAUCUUGCCUGUUCUCAUCCCCAUCCGUUAAACACGCCUCUUCUUCGAGCUACUCUUCGAGCUAUUCGAGUGGCGUCGAUGAUGCGGUGUGCAGAGGGGAAGAAUUGAGCAGUUCGUUUCGUUUUUCGCCGUAUUGUUCGUCUUUGAAGAAAAAUCACAGCCCUCUUCAAAGAAAUCAGAGCCCUGUAUCGGUUUUCCAGGGCCCCGUCUCAUGUAGCCCGCCGUUGAGAGUUGCUAGAGAGAAAAUGGCCGCGGAUUGGAAGGUCCCAGAGUCGGUACCGGGGAGCAGUGGUUUGUUGCUUAAUGGGCUUGCUGCGCAUGGUUUGGGGUCCUUUGUGGAUUAUGAUUCGCCCACGUUUCAAGCAAAUAAUUCGCUGACUUUUCGAGAAAAUAGUGAUGUCGAAUCAUCAUUGGCAUCAUUUGUUAUGGUAGAUGAACUCCCGUUUAAGAUGGAUGAUGGGUUUGUGGAAUCGGAUUCGGAAUUGGGUGCUAAAGAAUUGCUUUUGGGUGCACAAUUAAGACACAAGAUGUUUUAUGAAGAUAUUGUUGUCAAGGCUUUCUAUGAGGCUGAGAAAGCUCAUAGAGGGCAGAUGAGAGAAAGUGGGGAUCCUUAUUUGCAGCAUUGUGUGGAGACGGCAGUUUUGCUAGCAGUGUUUGGUGCCAACUCCUCAGUAGUUGCUGCAGGGCUUUUACAUGACACACUUGAUGAUUCUUCCACGAGUUAUGACGACAUUUUGCAGAUAUUUGGAGUUGACGUUGCUGAUUUGGUUAAAGGGGUAUCCAAGCUUAGUCAUCUGAGCAAGCUUGCACGUGAGAGUGAUACAGCAAGUGAAACUGAGGCAUAUCGACUGCGCACCAUGUUUCUUGCAAUGCCAGAUGCCAGGGCUGUCCUUAUAAAACUGGCAGAUCGAUUGCACAACUUGAUGACUCUGGAUGCGUUGUCUAUGCUUAAGCAACAGAGAUUUGCUAAGGAAACCUUGGAAAUCUUUGCUCCUUUGGCCAAUCGCUUAGGGAUCUCUGGUUGGAAAGAGCAACUUGAAAACUUGUGUUUCAAAUAUCUCUAUCCAGAUAAGCACAAAGAGAUCUCCUCCAAACUUUCGAACUCCUUUGAUAUGGCAUUGAUUAAUUCGUCGGCUGAAAAGUUAGAGCGUGCUCUUGGUGAUGCAGCCAUUUCUUACCGUGGUGUAUCUAAAAGGCACAAAAGCUUGUAUAGCAUCUUCCGCAAAAUGGAAAAAAAGAAUUUGACCGUGGAUCAAAUCCAUGAUAUUCACGGUCUACGUCUGAUUGUUGAAAAUGAGGAAGACUGUUUUGAGGCAUUGACAGUUGUUCAUCAGUUGUGGUCUGAAGUACCUGGAAAGUUCAAGAACUACAUUAAAUGUCCAAAGUUUAAUGGGUAUCAAUCUCUGCACACUGUAGUGAAGGGUGAGGGAGAGGUUCCACUUGAAGUUCAGAUUCGAACUAGAGCGAUGCAUUUACAAGCAGAGUUUGGAAUUGCUGCUCAUUGGAGAUAUAAGGAAGGUGAUUGUAAAUGCUUUUCCUUCGAGCUUCAAAUGGUAGAGAAGGCCCGCUGGGAGUGUGAAACUAUGAGCAACAAUCAAUCAAUGAUUGGCUGUGUGGACUCCAUCAAACCACCCUGCACAUUCUCUUCUCAUUCCGAAGAUUGCCCCUAUUCCUGUACGCAUAAUUGUGGCACUGAUGGACCUGUUUUUGUUAUCAUGAUGGAGAAUGACAAGAUGUCAGUGCAGGAAUUCCCGGCAAACUCGACGAUUCGGGAUCUGAUGGAAAGAGCUAGUCAAGGCACCUUUAGAUGGAGCAAGCAAGAAUUGAGGCCAAGGUUGAAUUGCGAGCCAGUGAGUGAUCCCUCCUGCAAACUGAAAAUGGGAGAUGUGGUGGAGCUCACUCCUGCUAUGCCCGAGAAGUCGUUGGCUGAGUGCAGGGAAGAGAUGCAGCGCCUCUAUGAUAGAGAUGCAGCGCAGAUCACGCCUUUUAGUAGCAUGACCAUUUGAUGACAGCAUGUUGUUCUUGUGUGUAUAUGUAUGGUAAUCGUCUGUAAAUAAAAGCUUUGAUGGUUACUAACUCGAUUCUACGAAGUUAAAAGUUCAAUCUUAUUGCUAUAAUAACUAUUCUAAUUGUGUUGUA